AUGAACUACCACGCAGUAGACCAGCAGCAGCAGCAGCAGCAGCAGCAGCAGCAGGAAAUGCAGCAGCAGCAGCAGCAGCAGCAGGAGAUGCAGCAGCAGCAGAGAGGACAGGGGGGCACUCGCUUGAGAGCUGCUGCUGCUGCUGCAGCAGCAGCAGCAGCAGAACAAACAUUUGUAUCCUGGCCGCCCCCACAGUCUGUCUCUGUUGGUUUUGGUAAUGUACACAGUGCAAUGGAUGAUGCUGCUGCUGCUGCUGCUGCAGCACACUGCAGCAGCAGCAACGCUCUCCUCCUACCCGCAGGCAACAGCAACACCCUCUCCGUUAUCAGCGUCCCUAACGAACAAGCUGCUAUGUACAACAGAACAGCAGAGGAGCUGUCUCGCUCUCUGAAGGCGAUGGGCUGCUUCUCUGUUACAAACUCCGUGGCGGCGUCGAUGAGCAAACAACUGCUAGCCGAAGCGAACCGGAAGAGGCGAGAAGAAGAGGCGAGGCGUUCUGCUGCAGGUUCAUCAGCAGCAGCAUCAGCAGCAGCAGCAGCAGCAGCAGCAGCAGCAGCAGCUGAGGCAGAGGAGAGGGAGCGACAGCAGCAGCAAGAAGAGAUGAGGAAGCAGCAAGAAGAAGAAAACAGAAAAAAACUGCAGCACAUCGAUGCCACUCACCUGCUGUGUCUCCCGGGGCCCUCACCAGCAGAAAUAAGAAAAAGAAAAGCAGCAGCAGCAGCAAUCCACAGGCAGCAGCAGCAGCAGCAGCAGCAGCUACUGCAGCAGCAGCAGGAGCAGCAGCUGCAGCAGCAGCAGCAACAGAGAGAUAUGUUCAUGGAGCAGCAGCAACUGCAACAGCAACAGCAGCAGGAUUUCUUCAUCCACCAGCAGCAGCAGCAGCAGCAGCAGCAGCAGCAAGAGAUGUAUCUGCAGCAGCAAAUGCAAUACCCCGCACAAGGAGGAUGGAAUACAGAUUACUAUCCAACAACAGAUUACCCUCAAGCUGGCUUUCAGCAGCAACUGGAGCAGCAGCAGCAGCAGCAGCAGCAGCAACAGCAGCAGAUGGACCGAGAAGCGCUGCAGCAGCAGAUUCUGCUGCAGGAGGAAAGAAUAGCUCAGCUGCAGCAGCAGCUGAUGCAGCACCAGCAGGCACGAGAGCAUCGACGCGGAGCAGCAGCAGCAGCAGCAGCAGCAGCAGGAGCAGCAGCAGCAGCAGGAGCAGCAGAUGGGUCGGAGACAGUAAUCAAUGCUGAUUCUUCGGUCGUUGUUUAG